AUGAACAAAGAAUCAACAACAGGAAACAACAAUGUGAUAGCAUCACCAACUCACGCGAGGGAGACGGGCCCAGAACUGCCUGGAGUGUUGAAGGCAAAGGUUGACUGGUCUAGAAAGUGGAAGCGUACUGAAUCUCAGCUGAAAGACCUGCUACACUAUGCGAACGUGCUCGGUCCAGAGAAGAUCGACGCCAUCCCGCCCCCGAAUCUGGCUCACGAAACUCCACAAAACACGACGUCGAGCCCUAAACCUGCCAAUACUCAAUUACCUUCUCCCACUCCUUCAUUAUCGCCAUCGAAACACCCCGAAGCUUCACCACCCCCUCAUGAAAAACCUGACCAGGAUUGGUGUGCUAGUUCACAGCCAGCUUCCUGUCCCACAUCCCCGACUAGAGAAGAACAGAUCCCCGACAAUGUCUCAAUCGAUGCCGAGCAGUGGCCGUCACGAAAGGGCCAUUCGGAGGCUGAAGAACACUCACCCCGAAGUUCUCCCAACCCCCGAUCAUCGUUACAAACGAGAGCAUCGCAGAGUGGCAACAAGCUCUACAGUCUCCCCUCACCACAACAAACCGAACAUUCAAAAACACCUCUCUCUUCACAGCCUCAAAUAUCGCGUUCGGAAGCAGAGGCCUGCCGGGCAGGAACGCAAAACCCACUUAAAGGACUUCCUAGAUACGCAUCGUCUCGUGAUGGAAGUCCGACAAAAUUGACCCCUUCUUCUGCUUCUCUACAACCUAUAACACCCCGUCCUCAGCUUGCUCGGUCAAAAUCACAGGCAUCUUCAAUCUCUGAUGAGAGUCCAGCAAAGUCGGCUGUAUCUCUCACUCUUUCACCGCUUGAUCCGUCUCCACAGCGCUCAAGAGGUCACUCUCAGAAUCCUAGCCCAUUUACCCUUGCUCAAGCGAGAUUAACGAUACCAACUGGCAACGAUACUCCAUUAUCAUCAUCCAAAUCAUCCUCACAAUUUCCACUGCUUCACUCAAACUCUGAGCCGACCAGCCCUGCUUUACGAAGGUUCAAGACAUUAUCAUUUCCGCAACCAUCACCGAAAGUUAUAGUGGCCAAUUCCGAUUCUGAUCCAUUCUCUCAAAACGCGUCCGGUGACAAGGCCACGCAAACCAACCCAAGCGUUUCUCAAGACCCUCAGAUUGUCCCUGAUGUUUCGCCUCGACAACGACGACAGCAUCAGCAGAAGGCGCAAGAGAAAGAUGACCCAUUCUCAGCUUCAUAUCCCCUAUCCUCUUCGAUCAAAAAGAAAAUUGUCAAACCUUCAUUAGAUGCUGCCCUCGGCCGGCAACAACGUGUAAUUGGAGCCGACCAUACCCUCGCUGCAUCCGCCAGCACUGUGCUAGGCAAAAGAAGUUCAGACCCAAACGGUAUCCCCACUGUAGACUUGUCAAGAUCUGCGAAAAGAAUUCGGCGGCAGAUCGAGAAACAACGAAAAUCUCAGGGUGACCACGGGCGUGAAUACCUCGAUCGGCCUUUAACAUGGUUCGAUUGUCAACGGAUUAUUGUGAAAGCCAUUUCAUCCCGUGGACAUCGACCUGCGCUUCCAUCAGGUGCCACUUGAAGGUUUGGGUUUAAACGAAAUUUUCACUUCUACAUUGAUGUAUGGCCUAUGAAUACCAUUACAUUUAGUUAACGGUGGUGGAUAUCUCAUAGGGGCUAAUAGCAAGUCAUUGUAAUUCAACAUAACUGAAUAUUAUACCACCUCUUAAUUUUUGAGGACCAGCCGCU